UACAUUUUACGCGGCUCACUAGAGACUUCAGAAAGGGUCGAUGUCCCCGAGUGCCCUGGGAUAUAAUGAGCAGGGAAGCGGUGCGGAGCGGAGAGCUCGCGUCCGGACCGAAUGCCUUGGCCGUUCGCUGGGGGGUGAGGUGCUCGACGUCUCGCUAUACUCCACACCCCCGCCGCGGCUGGUGGCGCCACCCACACGGCAUACUGUACUCGGUGGCGCCGCUGACCGUACGGGGUAUCGCCUGUGUGCCGCAGGCGGCGCCGGUGCUGGGCGUCGCGUACUGGCGGUCCGCGCGCCGCUCCUACAACGCCCUCAGCAGGCUGGCCCGCCUCGUGGACCACGCGCUCAACGUGCAGCUGCUCGUGUCCUUCGUAAACAACCUCUACUUCAUCUGCAUGCAGCUCCUGCGAGGCUUCGAAACCCCAACGACACGUGGUGGGAGGAGCUGUACAUCCUGUUCUCCUUCGGCUUCCUCGUGGUGCGCGCCUCAGCCGUGUCGCUGUUCGCCGCCUCGGUCCACGAGAACAGCCGCUCCGUGCAGGACGUGCUGUACUGCGUCUGCUCCGAGGACUACAACGAGGAGGUGUACCGUUUCCUGGUGCAGGUGACGUCCGACGACGUGGCCCUCUCGGGCUGCAGCAUGUUCAAGGUGACGCGAGGGCUGCUGCUCACCCUGGCCGGCACCAUCCUCACCUACGAGGUGGUCCUGGUGCAGCUGCACUGACGCACUGAGUCACUGCUUUCAUGGACUACUUUUUAUGUAUUUUUUUUGCAUUUAUUAAUAAAAACUUUAUUG